AUGAAGUUGUCUACUGAAGAAUCUUUUAGAAUAACGUAUUUCAUAUAUUUAGUUGAUCAUGUCAUUUCGUCACUUCAAAGUAGAUUUGAACAAUUUGAAAUAUAUAUUUUCCAAAUUAAAGUUAAUAAAUACUUAUUUGCGUUCAACAAUGUCACAAAAAAGAUUAAGUAA